GCAAUCAAAUUUCCGCCUCCUUUUCCUCUCCGUUUCUCUCCUCCUCCUUUCUCUCAUCUGUGUAGGCCAAGAAGAAGGAUGCCAGCCGUUAGAGGAUUUGAAUGACCCCCGGGUGUUUUGAGAUUGCCAAGUUUGCAGUGUCUGAGUUCAACAACCAAUCUCAAACGUAUCUGAAGUUGAAUGGCAUCCUCAAGGGAGAACAACGACAACAGGUCAUUUCUGUAGUCCAACACCGGCUGAUUUUGGCCGUCGAAGUUGGUGCACAGACAAAGAACUACGAGGCUACUGUAUGGGAGACUGAUGAUUUGUCUAAGAAACUCAUCUCAUUUAUGCCUAUUAAUACUUAGGGUUUUAUUUUAUUUUUAAAAAAAUUGAUAAGUGUAUGAAUCUGUUCGGCAUUGACUAAUUCAAAAAUAAAUAAAAUUCUAUUUU